AUGCCAACAGACCCGUCCAUACGGGCUCUCGUCCUCGUGGUCGCCUCGGCCUCUCUGGUCGCGGUGGCCCGAGGGGCGUACCCGCUGACGACCGACUCCAACUGCCACUGCUUCAAGACCAACGCCACGGCGUCCCACUACUUCGCGCACCACCAGUUCUUCGACUUCCGGUCGCUCUGGCAGGACUUCAAGGUGCCCAAGCCGAUCGACGACUUCAACGCCAGCGCGCAGGCAGCGCCGCCGAGCGCCUUCUUCACGCACUCCAAGUUCGCCAACGCCUGGGCCAUCAUGAACUGGGACAACACGGCGCUCAUGGGGCUCAACAACAGCGACGUCAACGACGCGACCGUCAAGAUGGUCAACAGCCCCAACAACGUCUACAUCGACCAGGACUCGGGCCAGACGCACCUGACGCUGCGCACCGUCCGCCACGCCGCCUUUCAGUCGGCCGCCGAGAUCGAGUCGACCAGCACGGGCUACCACUUCCUCUCAGUGCGCAUGCGCGCCCGCACCAAGGGCAGCCCGGGCGCCGUGACCGCCAUGUUCACCUACCGCCCGCCGCCGUCGCCGCAGAAUCAGUCGCUCGUGCAGGAAGCCGACCUGGAGAUCCUGACCCGCGAUCCGCCGGCUUAUGUGCAGUACACCAACCAGCCGGCUUGGAACGCCACCAGCGACAUCCCCGACGCCACGCGCAACGUGACACUCCCCGGAGGCAGGCGCUGGACCGACUGGGCCGACUACCGGAUGGACUGGACCCCGGGCAGCAGCACCUGGUUCGUCAACGGCCAGCAGGUGAGCCGCAUCAACUUCCAGGCGCCGCGCGACCCGGCGCAGGUCAUCUUCAACGCGUGGAGCGACGGCGGCAGCUGGUCGGGCGAGAUGGCCGUCGGGACCGAGGCGUACCUGCAGAUCCGCUGGAUCGAGAUGGUGUACAACAGCACCACCGAUCACGGCGGUGGGAAACAACCUACUCCAAGUACUAGUACCAGUAGUAGUGGGAAGAAAUGCGCCAAUAUGUGCAGCAUCGACGAGACCAGCCAGAUCGGCACCCCCGUGUUGCUCGUGCCGUCCUCCGGAUCGGGAGGCUCGCAGCCGCAGCCCGGCAACAGUUGUGCGUCGGCCAAGUAUGGGCAGUGCGCGGGGAAGAAUUGGAAUGGCUGUCAGAGCUGUGCGGCUGGGUCGACGUGUCGCUAUCAGAAUGAGUAUUACUCGCAGUGUCUUUGA